AAGCACGAGCCUUGGGUGCAAUUUCUCUUCAAUAAAACCUCUAUCGCCGGGGUUUCUCUCUUCCCCAAUUGCAUCCCAUCUUUCUUCACUGGUUUAUGUGUUUUGAAUUGAUUUAAUUUUUUGGGUUUGGUGUUUUCCCUUGUUUUGAUUUGUUGUUCGUUGGUAAUCCAACAAGAAAGAUUGUAUUUUUUAGAGAGUUGUAGAAGAAAAGGUUUAAGUUUUGUAUAGUUUGAAGAUGCAGAACAUUAGGAGGUCUGUAAUAUCUAGUAAGAGCAUAGGGUGCGGUUUCUUUGGAUCAUUGGUGGAAUCUAAGCUUUUUUUGAAUGAUUUUGCAUCAGCUGCUAAAAGGUCUUUAGCGGAUCAGAAUUCUAGUUUUGCAAGACAGUAUGGGACAGGUACCAAUAAUAUGUCAAAGGGUGUAAUUCAAGCUAAUGCAGGCACUCCUCUUCCAUUUAGAGGACAGUGUGUCAGAGAUUGUAUAGUUAGGUUGCAAGCUUCCGUCCCUCACAUAGAAAAUCAUGGAUUGAAGCCCAUGUCUCCUUACUUUUCUAGAUCCUUUGCAUCAAGAACUUCAAAGCAAUCGAAAGAAACAUCUGAGACUAGAAAGGAAUUAUCUAACGUUGAAGAUCCGUUUGAUGCUCCUACAUACAAUAUCCCAGAAAAGCCUGUGACAUUUACAGAGGGUGCUAGCUACAGUCUCAUAAUCCUUGUUGGGCUCGGGAUUGCUGCUGCUGCAGGAUAUUCUGUCUUCAAAGAGUUGAUAUUUCAACCAAAAGAGUAUAAGGUAUUCAACCAGGCUCUGGAAAGGAUUCAGAACGAAAGCCAGGUUAGGGUGAGGAUUGGACAACCUAUUACCGGCUAUGGUCAAGAAACUAGAAAUCGUGCUGCUCGCCAACGUAUUCCAAACAGGAUAUACACGGACGAAAACGGCAUAGAGCAUGUAGAGGUUAAUUUCUAUAUUCGAGGGCCCCAUGGAGCCGGGAAAGUUUUUGCCGAAAUGUUCAAGGACAAAACGGACAAUAAAUGGAAGUAUACCUACUUGAUCGUUCAGAUCAAUUCACCUUCCCGGGCAGAAUUAAUGCUGGAGUCGUAUUUACCAGCAGCGGAGAUAAGGCCCUCCACAGCCAAUUAACGAUGGGGUUAACAUAUUUUUGCUGCGAAUUAAAAUGUUUCUGGAUGAUGAUGAGCGUUGUUUCCAGUGUGCCUAAUCUGAUCAUAGUCACCGGUUGAAUUCUAGCUCCCCUCUAGAGUAAAAUGUUUGAGAUUUUACAGAUUAGAUUGAGAAUUGUUCAUUCAUUAACUUAUGCCCCUUGGUACUGGCGGAAGCAUGGAUUGAAAUCUUAAUCCUACCAGAAUAUGCUCGAAAAGAUUACACAGGUUGCAGUUAAUAAUAUUCCAGCAUUGCAGUUUUAUUUUUUUCA